ACGAAGCAAUUUAGGUAGAAGAACCAGAAAUGCUACAAACCAAGCUAAUUACCGAUCUAAUUCACAAACGCGUGAAGCGCGAGCAAGUUUGAAUCGAGCUGCUUUUAGUUACGAUGUGUCAAUUGACUACAGUAACUACCAAUGUGUUGUUAUUGGUUCUAUGAACUCGGUUUGCUCACACUGUAAGGCAUUAAAAUACAAAAACGAAGCCAAUGGAUUGUGUUGCGCAAAUGGUAAAGUGAAAUUGAUACCAUUGGAUCCACCACCAGAACCAUUGUACUCAUUGGUUUCAGGAAUAGGAACAGAUUCUAUACACUUUUUGACAAAUAUCCAACAAUAUAACAAUUGCUUUCAAAUGACUUCAUUUGGGGCAACAAAUGUAGUUCGGGAAAAUUUUAUGCCAACUUUCAAGAUACAAGGGCAAAUAUAUCAUAGAGCAGGUUCACUGUUACCAGUGUCAGAUAGCGACAACAAAUUCCUGCAAAUUUAUUUUAUGGGCAAUUCACCACAAGAAAUUGAUCUGCGUUGUGCACAUAACAAUUUAGUAAAGAGGUCUAUUGUAGAACAAUUACAAACUUUAUUUCAUCAGCACAAUCAAUUGAUUAUAUUGUUUAAAACUGCCCUGGAUCUGAUGCCAUCCGAUAAUCACAAAAUUGUAAUCAGAGCUGAUAAAACACCUGCAGGUCAACAUACAAGACGUUUUAAUGCACCAACUAUUGAUGAAGUUGCUAUCGUUGUAGUUGGAGAAAACUUGGAAUCCCGUGAUAUUGUUUUACGUCGUCGGAAUGAUCAAUUACAACGUAUAAGGAAACACACCGCUCAUAUGAUGCACUGCAAUAUCCCAUUAUAUUUUGGCAAGGUGAAGAUGGCUACGAUUUCUCAAUAAAAAUGAUAAAUCCCAUUGCAGGUUCUGAAACCAACAAAAAAGUCAGUUCAAUGAACUAUUAUUCAUACCGCCUAAUGAUUCGGGAAAAUGAAGAUAAUCACAUAUUGAAAUGUCGGCGAUUAUAUCACAAAUAUGUUGUUGACAUGUAUGUUAAAAUUGAAACGGAAAGAUUAACAUUCAUCAGGUUGAAUCAAACCAAACUCCGAUCUGAAGAGUAUAUUCACCUUCGAGAUGCGAUUAAUACUGAUGGAAAUGCACAGAAUGUCGGUCGGAUGACUAUUCUUCCAGCAACAUACAUCGGAAGCCCUCGGCAUAUGCACGAAUAUGCUCAAGAUGCCAUGUCGUAUGUUCGUCAUUAUGGUACAGCAGAUUUGUUCAUCACAUUUACAUGCAAUCCGCAAUGGAUAGAAAUCAAUCAGGAGUUAUUCUCUGGGCAAUCACCCAUUGAUCGUCAUGAUAUUACAGCCAGAGUCUUUAGACAAAAGUUGAAAUCUUUAAUGGAUUUCAUCGUAAAACAUAAUGUGUUUG